CCUCCCCCCGGCUCGGGCACGCGCGAUGGGGAGGGGCUGGGUGGCCCUGGCGCUGCUGCUGCCGCCUCUGGUGGGGUCGGUGCUCUCGGGCGCCCCCUGGGAGCUGAGCUCCUGGCACUGCAGCUUCUCGGGCUCUUGCGAGUGCGACUUCCGGCCGGACCUGCCAGGUCUAGAAUGUCAUUUAGCUCUCUACCUGGCAGGCCAGCAUCUGGUAAAGCAGCUCGUCGUGAAAGGGGUGAGGGAGUUUGUGCAAAACCAGGCUCCCGUGAAGCCUCUGGUGAUGUCGUUCCACGGCUGGACGGGCACGGGCAAAACCUACGUGAGCUCUCUCCUGAUUCGCUACCUCUUCCGGGCCGGGCACCUCAGCCCGUACGUCCACCAGUUCUCUCCAGUGCUUCACUUCCCUCACGCGGAACACGUUGAACAGUAUAAGAAGGACCUGAAGAGUUGGAUCCAUGGGAAUCUGACCCAUUGUGGCCGGUCGCUCUUUCUCUUUGACGAGAUGGAUAAGAUGCACCCCGGCUUGAUCGAUGUGAUUCUUCCAUUUUUGGGACCCUCUUGGGUCAUGUAUGGAACCAACUAUAGGAAGGCCAUCUUCAUAUUUAUCAGCAAUGCUGGAGGGGAACAGAUCAACCAAAGGACUCUGGACUUCUGGCGAAUCCGCAAAGACCGAGAGGAGAUCACCCUUCAGGAUCUAGAAGCAUCAAUUCUGGAAGCGGUUUUUGAAAAUCCUCAAAAUGGAUUCUGGAACUCUGGAAUCAUUGAGCAAGGCCUGAUUGACCUCCUGGUCCCUUUCCUUCCGCUGAAGCAGCACCACGUGAAGCAGUGCGUGGCCAGUGAGAUCGCCAGCCAGGGCCUGCAGAUGUCACCUGAUGCCAUACAGGCUGUCGCCGACAGCAUCUCUUACUUCCCGGAAGAGGAGAAAGUUUUCUCAUCCACGGGCUGCAAAACCGUGGCUUCCCGCAUCCCCAUCUUCCUCUGAGCCGCCCGGAGGCGCUUCUUCCAAAAACCCAGCUGCUGCUCGCUCACUCGCGAGUUUGCUCAGGACAAAUGGAUGUAAUUUCUCGAUUCUGAAAAUUCAGCCCAAAGACCGCCUCGCUGGUCAUCGCUGGGACGAGACUUUCCGGAGCAGAGAGCGACGUUUACUUGGUUAGGAAACUGAAAUGCACUUUAUGAAGCUUGUGCUCUGCCCCGCGCCCUGUGGGGAGGGGGCUGCGAUGUCGCAGAACAGAACGUUGACUGCUUUUUGUAGCAUUUUAUAGUGACUUCCUCCCCCGACAUCUGUCGGAAUUCAGUUGCCGUCCUGCAGCACAACUGACUUAAAUUUUUUUCCUGGACUUUGAACUCUUACUUGGAUGUUUUAAAAUAGCAUUUUUAAAACACACACACACACUGUGACAACAUCAAUGUGCUAAAGCCUACCGUCCACUUCGGGAGGUGACUUGGGAUGCCUUUAAAUAUACGGGUUAGACUCUGGUGUAAACACAACACGGUUGCCUUUCGGGUUUACAUUCUUUGUUGUCCUUAGGUGCUCUCGGAGGGUGUUUUCAACAGCCGCUGCCUCUAGUUAGGAGAAAACAAAACCAGCUCUGUCGGCCAGUGAUGGACUUGGCCUUGGAACGGAUCUGUCACCAGACUGGGAUUCUAAUGUCUCUAUGUGGAAAAGUCAAACCAGAUCUCUUUGGUGUUCCCUUUUCUGCGCCAGAAAGAACCGGGACUUCGGUUCUCAUUUUGGCACCUCGAUGUUCCUGAGGAGCCCACAAGUCAGAAAAGGUGCUGAAGUAUUACUUUUGUUGUGCGGUGUACCGGAGAGAAUCACAGGUCUUAAGUUGCUGUUGGAAGGUUUGACUGUGCUGCACUGCUGUUGGGUUGGGAGCCAGCGUGCAAAUAAUCACACAGCGCACAGUCCGUUGUCAUUUAAUGGCUGGAAAUCCUUUGCCGCAAACCGUGACCAAAUUAACAGAGAAAAUUCAUAAAGCUUCAAACGUUAUUCGGUGAAUUCGUAUCCAAACACACUCUACAAGAUUCAUAUCAAUAUCCCAAAAGGGUUUUCAAGUCUCCAAAUGUACAGAAUUCAUGCAAAGUUUGUUUGGAAACUUUGUGUGAAUCUUGGAUACUCUGAAACGCUUUUGGAAUAUUGAUAUGAAUCUUGCAUAUGUUUUUGAAGCUGCAUGCAUUCUCUUAGUUAUUUUGGUCACGGUUUAUGGCGAACGAUUUCUAGCCUUAUUGUUUCCGUGAUUCUCUCUGCUGUUUGAGUGUCAUUUAAUGGUUGGCCAAAAAAAAGGGGGGCUUUGAUCUUUUCCCGUGGUGAAAGCUGUUGGAAUAGACUGACAUCUCCUUGUGGGCGUACGGGGAGGGGGUGUCUUUUACUAUAAGACUUACUGUCGGUAUUUUUGCUGGAUGGGUGAGGAUCCUUCAACAUUUUUGGCCAAAACUCCCCUGCAAACCUCUUUACCCCGCUCAUGAAAUCUGAGGAGUCCACUCUGUUGAAAAAUGAACAUUGUUUUCUGUGUUCAGAAGUCUAUUUUAAUUUAUAUAAAUAAAAAAUGUGAAGAUA